AUUCCUCUUCAAGAAACGGGACAACAAGAAAUCAGAGUUCACUGCUCACUGUCCCUCAAGAAGAGUACAACAAAAGAUGAAAAGAUUUUUCCAACCAAUUGAAAAAGAUGGAUCUUUCAAAAAACCCACUCUUUCUUCUGUCUCAUCCUCAGAGAAAGAUUGUGUACAAACAACAGAAACCAUUUCUGAGAGUGCUGCUGCUGCUGAGAACAAGAAUGAGCCAACAAAAUUCUUGACUUGGAAUGCCAAUAGCUUUCUUCUUCGGAUCAAGAAUAACUGGACGGAGUUCACCAAGUUUAUUGAGACUCUUGAUCCUGAUGUCAUUGCCAUACAGGAAGUAAGAAUGCCAGCAGCUGGUUCCAAAGGCGCACCUAAAAACCCAAGAGAGUUAAAAGAUGAUACCAGCUCUUCACGUGAAGAAAAACUGGUGGUUACACGAGCCUUAUCAAGUCCACCAUUCAAAAAUUAUAAUGUUUGGUGGUCGCUUUCGGACUCAAAAUAUGCUGGAACUGCAUUAUUCAUCAAAAAGUGUUUUCAACCAAAAAAGGUUUCCUUUUCACUUGAUGCAACAGGUUCUAAGCAUGAACCAGAUGGUCGAGUUAUUUUGGCUGAAUUUGAGACAUUCCGAAUAUUAAACACAUAUGUGCCAAACAAUGGGUGGAAAGAAGAGGAAUCUUCAUUUCAGAGGAGAAGAAAAUGGGAUAAGAGAAUGCUGGAGUUUGUUCUCGCAACUUCAGAUAAACCUCUUAUUUGGUGUGGUGAUCUUAAUGUAAGUCAUGAAGAUAUUGAUGUAAGUCAUCCAGAAUUUUUCAGUGCGGCCAAGCUCAAUGGUUAUAUUCCACCAAACAAAGAGGAUUGUGGUCAACCUGGAUUUACCCUGUCUGAGAGGAGGAGGUUCGGUGCCAUAUUAAAAGACGGAAAGCUAGUGGAUGCAUAUAGAUUCCUUCACAAGGACAAGGACAUGGAAUGUGGCUUCUCGUGGUCGGGAAAUCCUGUUGGGAAGUAUCGUGGGAAAAGGAUGAGAAUAGAUUACUUUGUUGUGUCUGAGAAAUUGAAAGAUAGGAUUGUUUCAUGUGAGAUGCAUGGACGAGGGAUCGAAUUGGAUGGUUUCUAUGGGAGUGACCAUUGCCCGGUAUCCCUUGAACUUUCUGAGAAGGAUGCAGAUACCAAACAAGGUUGAAAUGUUUAUGUUUUAAGAUCAAGUGCUCAGUACUAUUUCAUGCUUUAUAGUAUUUGCAUCUAAUUAGGCUAAAUUGUGUGCCUUACAUUAGAGGGCUAUUAGGCUAAUUGUUUCAGACCAAUUGCUCGGUUCUUGGUUUAUGAACUGACGAGCUUCGUAGCGCAUUGAUAGUGAAUAGUCUCCUUUAAUUUUACUGUGAAAAUUUCUUAAUUUUCUUAUUUCCUCCAAAUUUACACAGAUUAGAAACUUUACAAAAACCACUCUUAAAUUGCAAUUUUUGUAAUUAAAGAUAUUUUUAGAGAA